CCUCGCGGCUUCCACGAACGCGGGCGCCUAGAGAGAGAGAGAGAGAGAGAGAGAGAGAGAGAAAGAGAGAAAGAGAGAGAUAAGCCCCUUUAAAACAUGGAGCGGAAGGUAGCCCGAGAGUUCCGGCACAAGGUUGAGCUGCUGAUUGACAAUGAGGCAGAGAAGGAUUACCUGUAUGAUGUUCUGCGCAUGUAUCAUCAGUCCAUGGAGCUGCCUGUUCUGGUGGGGGACCUGAAGCUGGUGAUCAACGAGCCGAACCGGCUGCCCCUGUUUGAUGCUAUCCGGCCCCUCAUACCUCUGAAACACCAGGUGGAGUAUGACCAGCUCACACCCAAGAGAUCCAGGAAGCUGAAGGAGGUGCGACUGGACCGGGCUCACCCUGAAGGACUGGGACUGAGCGUACGCGGGGGGCUGGAGUUCUCCUGCGGCCUCUUCAUCUCACAGAUCGUCAAGGAUGGACAGGCUGGGAAUGUGGGCCUGCAGGUGGGGGAUGAGAUUGUGCGUAUCAAUGGUUACUCCAUCUCUUCCUGCACCCAUGAAGAGGUCAUCAACCUUAUCAAGACUAAGAAGAUCGUGUCUCUUAAAGUCAGACAUGUAGGAAUGAUUCCAGUAAAAAGUUCCUCUGAUGAGCCUCUUAAGUGGCAGUUUGUUGAUCAGUUUGUGUCUGAAUCAGGGGAGAAGAAGAGCAGCAUUGCUGGCCUGGCGUCUAUUGGAGAAAAGGAGAUCAAGGAGAAAAAGGUGUUCCUCAGUCUGGUUGGCACCAAAGGCAUGGGCAUCAGCAUCUCGAGUGGCCCCACUCAGAAACCAGGCAUCUACAUUAGCAAUGUGAAGCCUGGCUCUCUGUCAGCAGAAGUGGGCUUGCAGGUAGGCGACCAGAUUGUUGAGGUCAAUGGGGUGGAUUUCACUGGAGUGGACCACAAAGAAGCAGUUCGAGUGCUGAAGAGCAGCAGGAGUCUAACGAUCACUGUCCUCACAGGAGCUGGCAGUGAGUUGUUUAUGACGGAUGAGGAGAAGAUUGCACUGGAAGCUCGGCGAGAACUGGAUCGCCAGGAGCUCAUGCACCAGAAGAAAAUGGCCUUGGAGACCAACAAGAUCAUCAAAGACCAGCAGGAGAAAGAGCGCCUGAGAAAACUGGAGAUGUCCCAAAAGACUGCAGAGGAAGAGGAACGGUAUAGACAGGAGAUAGAAAAGCUCGAGGCCGCCGAGAAAAAGCACAACCGAGAAUGGGAGGAAGACUGGGGUUCUACGGAGAAGCCUAAAACCCCGUCUCCUGCUCCGUCACCUCCGCCCCCAGCCAAGCCCCGAAACUCAGCUGGUGAGAGUGACGCUGGUGUUGAAGGAGCGGAAAUAGAGGGUGGAGAACUCUCAGUUGGUUUUACCGCUAUGAAGGAAAGUUUCCCUCAAUCCGAAAGAAAUCAAAAGAGGCAAAAAAGAAGAAGAAGAAGAUGUCAAAGACAGACACGCUCCCAACAGAGCGAAAAAGUAAGAAAGAGAUGGAGUUUGAGCUGAAGCUGGCCAAAGAGAAGGAGGAAAUACUUGAGCGAGAAAAACAGAUGAAAAUCAGUCGACUCCUGCAAGAGGUACAGCCUUCAACUGUCUGCCACUGCAGUGUUUGCCUCCAUUUUAAUGACGUGCUUCCGUUGCCGAUGGUGUGAAGUUUCCUCUAAGCCUCCGAUGGGAGCCAUUUUGGUUCAAAGCACAUUGGCCAGUCUGCUGGCUUUUGUUGCACAAGAGAGAAGCGAGUGGGGAGCACACAGAUUAGUUUAAGGCCCUUGUGAUGUUUCCGCGUGUUCAUCACGGCUCUGCUGGUGUGGGCAGGUGUCUGAGACAGAGCGAGAGGACCUGGAAGAGUCUGAGAAGGUGCAGCACUGGGUAGAGAGGCUAUGCCAGACUAGACUGGAGCAGAUCUCUUCAGUGGAGAACGAUGCUCCCGAGGUAAACGUACCGGGCCUCCUCACAGAGCCCAGGCUGGAUGCGGACCGACAUCCAGUUAGUCUGGCGACCUCAUCUGUCUGCUGAUGUGCUACAGUGAUCGCCUGAUUAUCACACAAAUUUUGGAGAAGUGUGUGUGUGUGUGUGUGUGUGAGACUGAUGUAAAUGUAUAGUGUUUUGGUGGUUUAUAUUGACUGCCUCGUGAACUUGUGGCGGGGUGGAGCUACAGUGGCCUUUGUGGUGUGCUGCAUGGUGACGUGGAGGCCUGAGGCAGCGUCGGCCUUUUAAGCAGAUGAAGUGUUUCUGCAGAUGUCUCCGGCCCGUUCUCCUGCAUCCACUGGGCCACAUGUGAGAAGGUUUGCUAGAGGCCUGCA